GGACCGGUGAGCAGCACUUUGUGACCAGCUCAGCGCAAAGACCUGUCUGCAGAUCGGGAUACAAUAUGAAGUAUAUACUCGUGACAGGGGGAGUGAUCUCCGGAAUAGGGAAGGGAAUCAUUGCCAGCAGUAUUGGGACGAUCCUCAAAUCCAGCUCUUUGCAUGUCACUUCCAUUAAAAUUGAUCCAUACAUCAACAUUGAUGCUGGAACCUUCUCUCCGUAUGAGCAUGGUGAAGUAUUUGUGCUGGAUGAUGGGGGUGAGGUGGAUCUCGACCUUGGAAAUUAUGAGCGUUUUCUAGACAUCCGAUUAACAAAAGACAAUAAUCUAACAACCGGAAAAAUCUAUCAGUCUGUGAUUAAUAAGGAGAGGAGGGGAGAUUACCUUGGGAAAACUGUUCAAGUUGUUCCCCACAUCACAGAUGCAAUUCAAGAAUGGGUAAUGAGACAAGCUUUGAUCCCUGUUGACGAAGAUGGCAUAGAACCAGAAGUCUGUGUAAUAGAGCUGGGUGGCACAGUGGGAGAUAUUGAAAGCAUGCCAUUUGUGGAGGCUUUCCGCCAGUUUCAGUUCAAAGUUCGCCGGGAGAACUUCUGUAAUAUUCAUGUCAGUCUUGUACCUCAGCCCAGUGCAACUGGAGAACAGAAAACCAAACCCACCCAGAACAGUGUGCGAGAACUCAGAGGACUAGGCCUCUCUCCAGACCUGGUGGUGUGUAGAUGCUCCACACCUUUGGACACAUCAGUAAAGGAAAAAAUAUCCAUGUUCUGUCAUGUGGAACCACAGCAGGUGAUCUGUGUUCAUGAUGUCUCCUCUAUAUACAAAGUCCCACUCCUGUUGGAGGAGCAGGGAGUUGUUGAAUAUUUUCGUCAACGGUUGGAUCUUCCUAUUGGCCGUCAACCUCGCAGGUUGCUGACAAAAUGGAAAGAAAUGGCAGACAGGUAUGAUCGCUUGUUGGAGUCAUGUAGUAUCGCUCUUGUUGGAAAGUAUACCAAAUUCUCUGAUUCUUACGCUUCAGUUAUUAAGGCCCUGGAGCAUUCUGCACUGGCGAUAAACCACCGCUUGGAGAUUAAGUAUAUAGACUCUGCUGAUUUGGAGCCAGCCACUCUUCAGGAGGAGCCUGUACGUUACCAUGAAGCAUGGCAGAAACUUUGCAGCUCAGAUGGUGUGCUAGUGCCCGGAGGAUUUGGGGUGCGUGGAACAGAGGGCAAGAUUCAGGCAAUAGCCUGGGCUCGCAAGCAGAAGAAACCAUUCUUGGGAGUGUGUCUGGGGAUGCAGCUGGCUGUAGUAGAAUUUGCACGGGAUGUCCUAGGUUGGAAAGAUGCAAAUUCCACUGAAUUUAACCCCCAAACCAGCCACCCAGUGGUGAUUGACAUGCCUGAACACAACCCAGGUCAGAUGGGUGGUACUAUGAGAUUAGGGAAGAGGAAAACCAUCUUUCGCUCUGACAAUUCAAUUAUGAGGCAAUUGUACGGAGGCCAAGAAUAUGUAGAGGAGAGGCAUAGACAUCGAUAUGAGGUGAAUCCAGAGCUCCGAAAAGAGCUAGAGGCUAGAGGUCUACAUUUUGUUGGUCAAGAUACAGAAGGGGAGAGAAUGGAGGUGGUUGAGUUAGAAGAUCACCCAUACUUUGUUGGUGUCCAGUAUCACCCAGAAUUCACGUCUCGUCCCAUCAAGCCUUCACCCCCAUAUUUUGGCCUGCUCUUGGCAUCUGCUGGGAGGCUAUCACAGUAUUUGGAAAGAGGAUGCAGACUUUCCCCCAGAGAUACCUACAGUGACAGAAGUGAAAGCAGUUCUCCAGACACUGAGAUUGCAGAGUUCAAGCUACCGGUCAUAAAUAGCGAGUGAUCCUAGCUAAUGUGUCCCAACCGAAUGAAGUGACCCGUCUGUGGGAUAUUUCCUUUCUGAAGAAGCGGCCUCCAUUUCCUCUUACUGUACCCAUUACAUUUUAUUUUAAAGUCCUCAGCAUUUUGCUUUGUUUUAUUAUGGAUUGGCCAACGUUCCUCCUCCAUACCUCACUCCUGUCUGCUAUGACCAUUAUUGUUUUGCUGUAUACCAGAGGCAGCCUUCGUCAACACACAGCGCCUUAAGCAUUAUCGUUAGGCCGCAAAAGCAUGAGAUUGAAUUGUACAGAAACCUGCAUUUACAUCAAACAUGCUGCAGUCUAAAGCAAUGAUGGGAUGCGCUUCAAUCUUGUUUAUAUUUCGGGCAUUUUGAAAUCUGUUAAAAAUUCCUGUCUUGUGUAUUAUGUUUAUCCCUCUGGACAGUGGCAGUGUAGUAAUGAUUGCAUAUUGGAUUUAAAAGUCUGGACUGCAUGAACUAUUAUCCAGGUAGUGGAGUCUUAUGUAAUGAGUUAAACUGUGGUCCACUAUUCAGCCUCUGUUUAUUUGAGGAUAUCCUGUAAACCUACCCUCACUUUUGAGAGCCAAUGAGUUGACGUUAGACCUUUGCCACAAAGACAAUACACUGUAUUGUAGCUACAUGCUACAACUUGUAGGCAGUAUUUUUCCAAAAAGCAGUGUCAGGGUUUUGUUUAAUUGAACAAUCCUUGAAAUCAACAACCGUACAAAAAAAAGUUUAAAAACUCUUACUGAGUGAUUGUAAAAUGAAGAAUAGUUACAGGUGGAAUGUUUAAAACUGCACAGGAGACUCUGACAGGGCUUUCCAACUCUUGUAUAUUAUGUUAAAUACGCCUUGUCAUAAUGUCUUUAAUAAAGCUGCCUUUUGGUUCA